AUGGAUAUAAUUGGACUUUGUCUACCAUUAGUUGACUGUGCCGCAAGACUUGCAAAAGAAGCUUAUAAAACAGCAGAAGAUGCACGCUAUACCAAGAAAACAUGUCUGUUAUUAUCUGAUAGAUUAGAAGCGGGAUCACGUGCUUUGUCUGAUUUAUAUAGACACAGGGAAGAAAAAGAAAAGGAAGAAAAAUUCAAAAGUAGCAAUUUCUAUAACAGCCUUCAAAGUUAUGUAAAUGCAGCAACUGAAAUCAAAAGAUUUAUUGAUGAGCUUGCUGAAUCGGGUGGAGCAAUGAAAUAUCUUAAAUCUCGUUCUCAUAAAGUGAAGGUUAAUCAACUUGUAAAAAGGUUCGAUGAUGCCAUUGCUGAUUUAAAAUUAGGAAUAAAUAUUGACGAAUUUAAAAAACUUGAUGACUUGGAAAGUGUAAUCGAAACCGAAUUUAAGAAAAUGUCAUUGGUAAAUAGAAAUGGAAAUGAAUAA